UGGAGGUCUGACAGCUGCUGGGAGGACUGGAUGGUUUAGCGAAACACCACGAAAGAAUCAGAGCUGCAGCACAGUAACACUAAGAAACAGAGACACUGAAGGGACCUGCUGCUUUCACAGUUUUGUUCAGUUCCUCAGUCUCCCUGUAGUAAAAAUUAGAUCAUGGUUGCCAACAACUACAACAUGAACGCUGUUCCUGCAGGGUCACGACCUCUUGCCCGGCACCGGAGUCCCUUCAACAGCAUCAAGUUCUUUGUGUUUUGCCACAGUUUGCUGCAACUGGCGCAGCUGUUGGUAUCGGGCUACAUGAAGAGCUCCAUCUCCACCAUCGAGCGACGCUACGGCCUCUCCAGCCAGAAGUCGGGGCUGCUGGCUGCUUUCAACGAGGUGGGGAACACGGUCCUCAUCGUCUUUGUGAGUUUCCUCGGGAGUCGAGUCCACCGGCCGCGGUUCAUCGGAGGCGGAGCUCUGCUGGCCUGUCUGGCCUCACUUCUGAUGGCGAUGCCGCACUUCCUGAGCGGACAGUACGAGUACACCGACCGCAUCAGCUCCUCCAUUGAUAACAGCACUGGACUCUGCCAAUCAGAGAGAACGCUUAACACCUCAUUAUCCAAUCAGAGCUGCAGCCUGCAGGAGAGCCCCGCCCAGCGGGUGGUGUACCCUCUGCUGCUGCUGGGUCAGCUGCUGCUGGGUAUCGGAGCCGUCCCCAUCCAGCCCUUCGGCAUCUCUUACAUCGACGACUACGCCAGCAAGAAGAACUCACCGCUCUACCUUGGCAUCCUCCUCGCCGUGACCUCCAUCGGCCCGGCGUUUGGCUUCAUCACCGGCUCCUUAAUGCUGCGCUUUUAUGUCGACUUUGACAAGUUAUCCAAAGACCAAAUCGAGUUGAACCAUGAGGACCUGCGCUGGGUGGGAGCCUGGUGGCUCGGCUUCCUGGUGGCGUCCUGCCUCCUCUUCCUCGCUGCGUUGCCUUACCUCUUCUUCCCCAGAAACAUGCCCAAAGAGGACGACGCAGCCGAUGUCGAGUCCAGACCGGACACGAAGCAGCAGCAGACAAACCAGCCGCAGGAAGACUCUCUCCUUCAGUUCCUCAAAAGUUUUCCUCGUACCGCUCUGCGAACACUGCGGAGCCCCGUCUUCCUGCUGGUGGUUCUGGCGCAGAUCAACCUGGCCGCGCUGCUGUCAGGCCUCGCCACCUUUAUGGCCAAGUUCAUUGAGAGACAGUUCAGCCAGACUGUCCCCUUUUCCACCAUGAUGAUAGGAGGAGUUUGUAUCCCGCUGGCAGUGCUGGGCACCGUCCUGGGUGGAGCUCUGAUGCGGAGGUUCAACAUUUCCGUCAGAGGUGCCAGCAAGUUGUGCACCGCUGUCAUCCUGAUCUGCGUGUUCUCCGCCACACCGCUGCUGCUCAUUGGCUGCUCCACCCAGAAGGUCGCAGAGGUCUAUCCUCACAGGACUAGUGCGUUGUCGUGCAGAGCAGGCUGUCACUGCCCUGAGGAGGCGUUUAACCCGGUCUGUGGUUCGGACGGCGUGGAGUUCCGGUCUCCCUGCCACGCCGGCUGUAAUGGAAUAGAGACAGAUUCCAACAACAAAACCACAAACUACACUCAGUGUCGGUGUGUCGGCGGUCUCGGCUCCGCCUUCCCCGGGACCUGCGGCAGCGGAUGCUCCCACCUCCUCCUCCCCUUCGUGGCUCUGCUCGGCCUCACCAGCUUCGUCGCCUCCUUCUCACAGACGCCCUCCUACAUGAUGAUACUCAGGACGGUGGCCGUAGAGGACAAGUCUUUUGCGGUGGGAGUUCAGUACAUGCUGUUCAGAGUGCUCGCGUUCAUGCCCGGCCCGGUGUUGUACGGCAGCGUCAUCGACAAGACCUGCAUCCUGUGGGGUAACAAGUGCAGCAAGCAGACUUCCUGUCUCUACUACAACCUGGACAACUUCAGACAGAGGUUUCUGGGUCUGCAGGUGGUUUUUGUGUGCGGGGGGCUGCUCUGUUUCCUGCUGACCAUUGUGGUCCUGCGCAAGAGGGGCGGACUGGAGGAACCGCAGCCGGAGAGCAAAGGAGGGUACGAACUGGUGAAGGAGCAGAAAGCACCCGAGAUCGCUUCGUCCAAAGAAAAAGUGCAGACCUGAAGAAACCCAACAAAGGGAAGAAGGGAAAGAAAGAUGCAGAGGCUGAGGAAGGAGAAAAAAGGAAGAGUUCCGAAAGUUUGCUUACAUGGACAGAAAGGAACGUGGAAGCUGCCACGCUACAUAAGCCGCGAGUUACUCAGCCUGGUUCUGCUGCCCUCUGUAUAAUGAGGCUGACACACUUUUUGAUAUUGUACUUUUUCAUAUCCAUGCUCUGCUAACAUUUCCAGUGGUGGAAGUAGUAAUGUAGCAAUAACACAGUGUAGUAAAAAAAAAAACCACAUAUGCUAUAAUGGGAUUAUUAUUUUUCAUGCGUU